AUGGGGAAAGUUACGCUGAAACCGCUCGCAAACUUCGCCAAAUUUUCAGCCGAGAAAGUGCACCUAAUGUGUCAACCAUUCGAAGAGUGGUUAAAUAAUUUGAAGAAACUGGGUCAAUUAUGGAUCCUUUGCGUCAACGUACCGAUUAUUUUCGGACUACUCUAUCUGUCAAGCCUGGCUUGGAGCGAAGAGCAGGAGCCGAAGGCACAGCGAGUCGAUAAUCCUAAUCCAACUAUUGAUCGUUCCUCCCAUCACCACAUCGAAGAUCCAACUUACCAAGGCUUCUGGAAGAAAAGGUUCGUUUGGCGUCCCCGAUGGGUGAAAACGUGGCAGGAAAAGAAGGUUUACGUAGCUGUGUGGAAACGUAUGUGGGGUCCAGUAGAAGUCAAAGAGUGGGUGCCGGUGCCCAAACCACCACCAGGUUGGGUCAAGCAUAAAUCUGGCCCGUACUUUGUUAAAUUACCGCAUUAA